UGUUUUAUAUCAUAUCAAUAAAGGUUGCUUUUAUAAAAAAAAAAAAAUGGAAUAUGAAUAUAAGGCGCGUUAGCGCUUUAGUUUUCAAUAAGGACAUUUAGGCUUUACUAAAGGGCUUUUUUUUCAGGUUUGGAACCCUAUACAAAACAAAACAAAACAAAGGGCGUUUCCUUUCAAAUGACAACUGCCUCUUCCUGCUGCGAGGGCGUUGCACGAAACCAAACCGCCCCCCACCCGAUCAAGUACCAGUUGCUUCGCUGGUAGGCCCACUUAGGUUAGGGGGCAUUGUCCCUCAGUUCUUACCAACCUCCGGUGUGUAAUCGACAUGUUACUAGCUUCAACUCGGUUGAAUAAGAAUCAUUGAUUCCCUCUGCUGUCCAUUUCUUAUUCAUUCAGGGUGCUCGGCCGGUGCUCCUUUAUCAAACCAGAACAACUCUGAACGUUAGGGAAGCCCACGGAGCGGGAAGACCACCUGAGCGAACCGACCGAAGGGACUUGACUUAUCCGAACCGAACGAUAGCGGCUUAAAGCUAAGCCUAUCACGAGCAGCGUCGCUGCGCGGGGAGGAGCAUUUAAAAGUAUGGGGCAAAGGAUCAAGCGCUUUGACUUUGUCCCCCGGGAUCCACCACAGGUUGGGUUUGAGUGAGAGCCGUGUGAUGGGUGACUAUCCAGCACGGUUCGGAGAGCACUUUUAGUCUGCGCUGGUGAAUGGAAGCCCCCCCUAUCAAGCAAGAAAGAAGCGGCUCUUUCCACGGCGGAAUCACCAUUGACUCUAUUUAUUAUUAUGGUAAAUCAGUGUAUCAAGAUGUCAAUCUGAGAUCUUAUUUCGGUUCGAUACGUCCACCUACGAGACUCACCUUUGGCUUUCGUCUCGGUAGGUGUAUUAUUCUACAUUUUCCCAAAAGAACAUUCAUUAAUUUCUUUCUUCCCCGUCGACCACGACGACUGAAACGACGCGAAAAAACCAGACCCGGAAAGGAGAAGGGCCGGUGGUGGACAUUCGGUAAAGUCGGGCCGAUCAGGUGUCUUCAUUCAAGCGACAAUACAGAAGAAGAACGAAAGGAAGUGAGAGGCCGGGGGGCAGGGAAAAGAGUCGAGUCGAUCAGGCUCGACGACCGGGAGAAGGAAAACGAAAUCAGGAUUUGGCCGAAAAAGAAGCAAUGCUAUGGAUACCAUGACCGAUCACCAUCGAUAAAGAAGAAUCUUUCUAAAUCACUUCGGGUCAGCGGGGCCUUCAAGCAUCCGAAAUACGCCGGGGUUGUAAAUGACAUAGCGUUCCUGAUAGAAAAUGACGACUCCUUCAGAAAAACGAAGUUAUUCAAGUUCUUUUUCCCAAAGAAGUCCCGCUCCGACGGCCCGACGAGUCAUCUACUUAAAAGGACCCUCCCUGCAGUGUGUCGCAUAUAA